GAAAUCAAUAAUUUAAUUAAAACAAAUCUUUAUUUAACGAUUUUAGAAAAGCUCGUUCUGCCAUACGACUACGGGAGUCACAGACAACACAUUUCAUUUUAUGGCAGAAGCUAAUCGUUCAGAUGGAACCAAACUACCAGCCGCAUUUCCAUUCUCUCGCAACCUUGGGCUGCAGAGUCUCGCAGUUCUAUGCUUCUUAUGUGCAGGUCUACAAAACUUUCCGGAAAUCACUAAGCUAACGGUCACAUCAGAGUCUCCGCUCACAUUUUUAGUGGCUUCUUUAAAAGGUUGGAGAACAUGGCACAAAUCGCGACAUAUAUUCAGCUCCUCCACUGAGAGCAUUUCUAGUGAGUUACGGAGGGUUCGUCUACUCAAAAUAACAAAUGCAACUUCGUCAGCUAGCGCAACGAACGAGUUUAGCAUAUCCAAGCACGAGUUCCAUCGAGUAUUCACGUUUUGAAUUAAUACACCUGGCCCUCGCUUAACUCGGACUCUUUUAGGACGAGCUCGGUUACAAAUUUGCUCCCAUCCCCAAAGAUCCACCAAAAUGAGAAAACAUGUUGAAACAAACUGGCUUAAACUAUAAAUGCCACCAAAUGAAUUUCAAAUUUGAUAUGAAUUGAA